GGCCAGUUGGGCGAUAGUUGUUGGUGGAACCGGUUCUUCCGUGCGGUUCCGGAAGAUCCGGUAUUUGACUGCAAUUAACGCAAGAGUGCUUCCGAAUUCGUCAAGUGCCAAAAUAAACACGCUUUCGAGGGUCAUCAGUUAGUGCCGAGUGAAUAGCUAAUCGAGUUGAGUUGAGCAUUGGACAGGUUGUUGAGUUCAAGUGAGUUGUUCCCCCGAGUCGUCGUCCCCCGAGUGGAUCCACUUUGGAUCUGUCCCACCCGAGACCGACCGUCGGCAGGGGGUGAUCUUUGAGAGCAAAUACUUGGAGUUAUGGCCAGUGGAUCGGGCGCCACUUCUGGUGGGGCUGGUGCUUCAGUUCCACCCACGGCGUCGGUGGUUCCGGUUACGGUUCAGGUGCAGGUUCCGUCGGUGCCUGGGUACGAUGAAUAUUACGAUUCCAGCUGGCAGUUGAUACCGCCGGACUAUGGUGCGACGGACUAUGACUACAAGUAUGAAAUCCUGGAUAGCAUGAAACUUCCUUCCGCCCAGCGAUCCGGCUUCCACAUCAGCGACAUCCUUGAACUCAAUAGUCACCACCAUCACCACCAACACCAGCACCACAGCAAGGAAUACUCGCAUCUUCAUCAACCGACCAGUGCCAGCAGUACUCCGUCCAACGUGGUCGAUCCAGCCACUUCCAGAAAUGAGCCAGUCGAGUACACCACAGAAGCAUCUCAAGACCAGCCGGACGUGCAACAACCGCAUCAGUUGGGACAGUACAGCAGUGGUGGUGGUGGAGGGUCGUCCGGAAGUGGCUACAUUCCGUUACAAACUGUGGUCAAUCCACCGCCGGCUUAUGGAGAGUUGCCUUCGUACUAUCACCACCACGCGACGCAUCAUCUUUUUCAUGGUGGAAGUGCAAGUUCUGCGGGGGGUGCAGGGCCAGGUCAUCCGGCGACGCUGGGGUCCAGAACGUGGUACUACGACACUAGUGGUACGGAUUAUGUUCCCGCCGUAAUCCAGCAGCACAUCGAAUCCGCCGGCGGUGCCCUCCACCAGCAGGUCAGCCCGGACAGUACAUCCCCGGUGGCCGCCGGCACGGAACUAUCCCCGUACACCACCACCACCACCAUCGGCGGAACCAACUACAACAUCCCGACGGCGGUCAUCGAACAAUCGGACCGACUUGCGGCCGCCCUGGACGGUGGCCGCAGCACCGAUAGCAACAACAACAACAACGGUCACGCCACGUGCGACGGAGAAUCGCUGGACGAUAGCAUCGAGGUGGGGAAUUCCGGGGACGAUCGGCCUGGGAGUAAUGGGGAGGGAGGUCCCGGAGGAAGUGGCCAAUCCGGACAGAAAAAGCGCAAGCGGAGGAUUUUGUUCAACAAAACGCAAACUUACGAGCUGGAGCGACGGUUCAAGCAGACCCGGUACCUGUCAGCGCCGGAACGUGAACAUCUGGCCAGCAUGAUUAAUCUGUCGCCGACGCAGGUCAAAAUCUGGUUCCAGAACCAUCGGUACAAAACGAAGCGCGCCCAGACGGAAAAGAUGCCGGGCUUUGCGGGUCAUCACUUGCAGCAGCAGCAGCAGCACCAGGUUGGGACCUCUCCCAAGCGAAUCAACGUUCCGGUGCUGGUCCGCGAUGGGAAGCCAUGUUUGGGAUCGCAGACGAUGACCCAGCAGCAGCAGCAGCAUUUUCUUCCCGGAAGUUUGCACUCGCUGGUGGCGGCGACGGCAGCCGGAAGUGGAGGGCCGGACUCGGUUGGGAUUGGGUAUCAUCAUCAGCCGGCGGGAGGAGGGCAGGGGAUUAUGGGGAACGGGGCGAGAUGGUGGCCGUAGAAGGUAUUGAAUAAU